CUACAUCCAUACUUGCGUCGACCGAAGAAAGUUCCUCCCGGUUCACGUUCUACAUGUGCUUUAUUUUGUUAUUGUUGUUGUUGUUGUUGUUUCUGCUGAUAGUAUACGACGAGGAGGGUCGCGGUCACUUUCUCAGUAGGACAGACGGUGAGGUGCGGACAGCAUGUGCCUCCCGCGAAUAUCUACUGCUAUCAGAACGGGACGGGGAGGAUGUACUGUUGGUAACGGUGUUGGCGUGAUACUACUUGCAGUGUUCGUGGUUGGGGAGGUGGUGUUUCGGGGUUGCGGGGUACACGGGAUUCCGAGCCAGAAGCAGACGCAGGAACUGAUGCUGUUGGACGCACUUGGACGAAAGGCUAACGCGGACCCGCCGUCACAAGACAGUUUUAUUGAUCUUUUGGGAAGAAUGAUCCCACAGUCGUGUAGGUAUAAAGGAGUCAAAUAUGAAUGCGGUUUGAGCAUAAGUUGCGUCCUAGGAGGAGGAAAACCAUUGGAUUUGUGCUCGGGAGGGAUGAUUUGGGCUUGUUGUAUUGACAGAGAACCACGGCCAACUACCACGCCAGCGCCUGAUGUAGGUUUACUUAACAACGUCAGUUGCGGAGAAUUGCACACAAGAACGAACAGAAUAGUCGGCGGACAUUCGACAGGAUUCGGUUCUCAUCCCUGGCAAGUUGCACUCAUUAAAACAGGAUUUUUAAGCAAAAAAUUAGCCUGUGGAGGAGCACUUUUAAACGAGAGGUGGAUUGUUACAGCAGCCCAUUGUGUCGCGUCAACGGCUAACGGGAAUAUUCGCGUUAGAUUAGGCGAAUGGGAUGUUCGAGACACUGAAGAAAGACUCGCUCAUGAAGAAUACUCCGUCGAACGAAAAGAAGUACAUCCUUCUUAUUCGCCUACAGAUUUUAGGAAUGAUGUUGCACUGGUUAAGUUGGAUAGAAACGUCAGAUUUAAGCAACACAUCGUUCCUGUUUGUUUGCCAACUCCCACGGUUAAACUGGUUGGAAAAAGGGCAACCGUGGCGGGAUGGGGUCGUACAAGACAUGGACAAGCAACGGUACCCUCCGUUUUACAAGAAGUAGAUGUUGAAGUUAUACCAAACGAUAGAUGCCAAAGAUGGUUUAGAGCGGCUGGUAGAAGGGAAACAAUACAUGACGUUUUCCUAUGUGCUGGAUAUAAAGAGGGUGGUAGAGAUUCAUGUCAAGGUGACUCAGGAGGACCCUUGACAAUGACCGUCGAAGGGCGCAAAACGCUGAUUGGACUGGUGUCGUGGGGCAUUGGAUGUGGCAGGGAACAUUUGCCGGGAGUUUAUACAAACAUCCAGAAAUUUGUGCCUUGGAUGGACGCAGUAAUGGCUGACUUAUCUGACUUCCUAGGUAGCUUA